AUGAAAGAACAGGAAUGGAUAAAAGCAAUGAAAGAUGAAAUCAGGGCUCUAAAAGAAAAUGAAACCUGGGAAAUAACUAGCUUACCUAAGAAUAAAAAGGCUAUUGGCAGACCUUGUCAAGAGACUAUUAAUGUUAUCAAAAAUCAUUUACAUAACCUGUUUACUAUUAAAGAUAUAGGAGAAGCCAGGUUUUUUCUUGGCUUAGAAAUCUGCAGGUCCAAAGAAGGGAUUUUGGUUUCACAAACCAAGUACAUACAUAUCAGUGAUGUGGGGGUGGAGCAUGGGAAAGCAGUAAAUACACCUCUUCUAGCAAGAUUUAAACCUGGUAGCACAGACAGUGAACACCUGCAGAAUCCAGAGCCUUACAGAAGGUUGCUAGGGAGAUUACUAUAUCUGGGAUUCACUAGACCUGAUAUAUGUUAUAACACUCAACAAUUAAACCAGCAUAUGCAGUACCCUAGCAAAUCCCGUUGGGAAUCAGCUCUUCACAUAGUAGGGUACUUGAAAGGAACAACAAACAAGGGACUCCUCUUUAAUUCUGAAGAUAGUUUUGAUCUUCAAGCUUCCUGUGAUGCUUAUUGGGCUAGCUGUAAAGAUACAAGAAAGUCUCUCACAGGAUAUUGUGUGUUUCUUGGGAAUUCCUUGAUUUCAUGGAAAACAAAGAAGCAGUCAACCGUUUCAAGAUCAUCUACAGAAGCAGAAUACAGGAGUAUGGCCACCACCACCUGUGAAUUGAUUUGGAUUUUCAACCUAUUGCAAGAGUUACAAGUGCAUUCACCUACACCUAUUAAAUUUUGUUGUGAUAACGAAGCAGCAUUGUACAUAACUGCAAAUCCAAUUUUUCAUGAAAGGACAAAGCACGUGGAGAUUGACUGUCAUAUAGUCAGAGACAAAUACAAACAAGGAUUCAUCUUGCCAUUGCACAUCUCAUCUAGAUUACAGACUGCAGAUAUACUUACCAAAGCUCUACCAGGACCAAAAUUUGUGUUUCUUAAUUCCAAGUUGGGUCUUGUCAAUCUUUUGACAAGUACCACUUGA